GAAGUCUCUAGAGCAGUUGAGGGAAAUGGGUACCGGCGGGCGGAGCGGGCCGCGGCCAGGGAAAGGGAGCGCGGAGGGGGCGGCAGCGACUCCUACUGCCGCCUCGGCCUCCUACCAGUACAGGUGCAUCGAAUGCAACGAGGAAGCGAAGGAGCUGUACCGAGACUAUAAUCACGGUGUGCUGAAGAUAACCAUCUGCAACUCCUGCCAGAAACCUGUAGACAAGUAUAUCGAGUAUGAUCCUGUUAUCAUCUUAAUUAAUGCUAUUUUAUGCAAAGCCCAGGCCUACAGGCAUAUUCUUUUCAAUACUAAAAUAAAUAUCCAUGGAAAACUCUGCAUAUUUUGUUUGCUUUGUGAGGCCUACCUGAGGUGGUGGCAGCUUCAGGAUUCAAGCCAGAACACCGAUCCUGAUGACCUGAUCAGAUAUGCUAAAGAGUGGGAUUUCUAUCGAAUGUUUGCCAUUGCUUCUUUAGAACAAACUGCCUUUUUAAUUGGCAUUUUCACUUUUCUAUGGGUUGAACGACCCAUGACAGCAAAAAAAAAGCCCAACUUCAUUUUGUUGCUGAAAGCACUAUUAUUAUCUAGCUAUGGAAAACUUCUGCUGAUUCCAGCUGUCAUUUGGGAACAUGACUACACACCUCUGUGCCUCAAACUCAUCAAAGUGUUUGUCCUUACAUCAAAUUUUCAGGCAAUUAGAGUUACCCUGAAUAUCAACCGGAAGCUGUCCUUGUUAGCCAUAUUGAGUGGGUUAUUAUUGGAAAGCACCAUGGUCUACUUCUUCCAGAGGAUGGAGUGGGACAUUGGAAGUGACUGUGCCAUCUAGAAAUCUCAGGACUUUUGA